AUGAAAGAAGUUAAAGAGAGAAAUGAAGAAAGCAAUGAAACGUCAUUGUGGAAAAAGUCAAGUAUAAUGUCUAUCAAUGAAUGUUCAAUACCAAAUGAGGGUUCUUUUAAAAAAUGCUUAGAUAAUAUUAAUAAUUAUUUAAUGAAACGAAUAAAUAUUCAUUUGAUUGGGCAUUUUAUUGUUUGUGAAAUUGAUAAAACAGAAAGAACUAAUAUUAAUGAAUGUUUGUUAUACCUCAAAAAUAUUGGACAUCUUUCUUAUAUUAAAUUAUCUCCCAAAGUAAAACAACUUUGUUAUUGUCAAUAUCCUGAAAUUGUUUCUUCAAUAAUUUCAAUGUUCCCAGAUUAUAUAGUAUUAAAUGAUAUAAAUGAAAAUUGUUGUAAUGAAGUAAAUGAUGGUGAAACUUAUUUAGAAUAUAUAAAAAGAGUUUAUUGUUCAAUAUGUAAUAAGGAUAGUUUACUUGGAGCUCAAUUAAAAUAUAUGAAAUACUCUCAUGAAAAUUGUGAACAUCUUCUUCAUAUUAUUCAAGCAGCAAAAAAUUUAAGUAAUAUUGAAUUAUUACAAGAAAUGAUGAAAGAUGAAGAGUAUAGAGAUGAUUCUUUACAACUUAUUUCAAAUAACUUUUCUAAUGAAUUUAUUUUGAGUAUGUUAGUAGAUAUAACAAAAUAUUAUCUUAAUUUAUCAUUAAAACAACAAUUGAAUAAAGAAGUAAUAUUCUUUAUUCAUUGUUGUUUGUCUCAUUUAUUAAAUAGAAAUCCUCCAUGUUUAGUUGAGUUAUCUUUAUUUUUAUAUCAAUGUGAUCAAAUUGAUAUUCAUUUAAGAAAUGACAUUGUCUCUCUUUCAUUGUUUAAUUCUUCAUCUGAUGAAGUAAUUGAACAGAUUAAACAUAUUAUUGAUAUUUCAGAAUCUGUUAAAUUUGAUUUACAAGUUACUCUUAUUGAUAAAUUAUUACGUAUGAAUAGUUUUAAACCAACAGACUCUGAACCACAAUUUGAUGAAUUAGUUCAAAUAAUUAAUGAUGUAAUAGAUCAAACACAUGACAAUGCUGUUAUUACUUGUUUAUUUAUCUUAUUUGAUUGUAUUAUUCAAUAUACAGAAUUAUUUGAUGCUGAUCAAGUAAAACCAACAUUUUCUAAAUUGAUAAAGUAUAUGAAACAACACUUUUGUUUAGCAUUCAUUAAGAUGAUGAUUAAUGAAUAUAUAAAUAUAACAAUAUUUACAUGUUCUUUUAAUAAUUAUCUGCAAGACAUGGUUGAUUCUAUUAAAUCGGAUUUAUCAAUUAAUUUUAUUAAGUUUGACUAUAAAUAUAAACAAAAAGAACCAUUUAAUAAUGAAAUUGACUUUGAAGAAAUUAAUGACUCAAUUAAAAGAGAUGGAUAUAAAUGGUUUGCUAUUCAAAAAGUAAUGAAUAAAAAACAAAUAGGUAGAAAUAAUGAUUAUAGAAUUUGUUUUGAUUCUAUUUUAAAGAAAUAUAUUCCAAUACAAUGUAUUCCAAAUUUUAUUCAUAGAUAUAAUAAAUAUUUCAGUUUUAAUAAUUUAGAAACUACUGUUCAAAUAACACAGGAAGAAUUAAAAGAAAAACAGGAAUAUUCACUUGAUAGUUUAUGUCAAAUAUUACUUCAUUUUAAUCUUAUUUAUGCUAACUCAUCAAAAAGAAAUCAAAACAAUUUUAUUGAAAAAGAAGAAAUUAUGAAGAUACUUGAUAUUACUUUUGAUUUAAUUAAUUAUGUAGCUAGUAAUAAUACACAUAUAAUCACUAGAAUAUUUGAUAAUUCUAUUGAUAAGGAAACAGAUAAUACUUUACAAAAAAUUAAUUGUAUUAUUGAUUUAAUGACUGAAACUAUUGGAGGAUUUCCAGAAGAUAUGUUUAUUAAAGAAUUUAUGAAAAAGAAAACAAUUCGAAAUGGAUUAUUAUAUUUAUUAUUCUUUCUUCAACAAAAAGAAACUCCACUUAGAAAACGAGAUAGAGAAUGGUACUAUAAACAUCAAAGAAAAAUUAUUUCUUUAUUGUGGAAUAAAAUACCACCACUCAAAAGUAAUAAAGAUAAAUUAAUAUAUCAUUAUAUUCUUAAAUCAAUUCCUUCUUUUAUUGAACAUUUCAAUUGUGAUAAUACUUUUAAACAAACUAUUAUUAAUUUUCUUCUUCCUGAAGUAGUAUCAUUUAAAAUAAUUUCACAGCUAUUUAACCAAGGGAUAUUCGUUGGUUUAAAUGAAAUUGAUUCUUUCUUGGGUCAUCCAUUAAUCGAUCAUACACCAAAAGAAAUAAAAGAUAUUUUAAUUCAAGAAUUCGAAAAAAGUUGUUCAAUUAAACGUAAAUUACUUCCUGUAGUAGGGUAUAUUUAUGAUGAUAUCGAUUUAACACUGUUCAAUGAGAAUAAACAUUUUACAGCAAAAGCCUCUUUUGUUAAGGUAUUUAAAGGUAGUAAUCUUAUUAUUAAAGGAUGUGAAGAGACUUUAAUUUCUCUUAUUGAUAGAGUUUCUCUUAUUCAUAUUCAAUUAUAUCGACCAAUGAUUGAAUUAUGUAAUAAAGAUAUAUUAAAAGAAAUCCUUUUAUCAAAAAAUACUUUGGAGAUUAGUUUAACUAGUGCAUUAAUGUUGUGUCAAAUAGCUGAUUUCAUUCAAUUUCCAUUGCAAAUACAUAGUAUUGGAAUACUUAAUUUCCAUCAAGAUGAAAAUGAAAAAUAUGAUAUUUAUCUUGAUAAUCUUGAUUUAAUUUCAAUGUUGAUUCAGUGUUUAGUUAAAAGAUUAGAUGCUACAGAAUAUAAUGAAGAAAUGAAUGUAGUUCGACUAAUAAUGAAACUUAUUAAUAAUAAUACAGUAUCAUUAUUCCGUAAAUACCAACAAAAAAUUCUUCAAAUUAUACUUCGUAAUUCAUUAAACAAACAAGAUGUUUUAAUGCUUUCUACUAUUUACAAAGAAGGAUUUAUUGAUAUCAAUACUGAGGAAGGAAGUAUUAUUAAAAUGUUAUUUCAUAGAAGUAAUAUUUCUGCACUUGAUAUGUCUGAUAUUUUACAUUUUGGAUUAUAUCAGAAUAAAGAAAACAUUUGUUUAUUUGAAGAACCUAGAAAACAAUGUAAUGAACCUAUGGAUAAAAAUAACGAUAUAUUUAACCAAUAUAUUUACUUAACAUUGAAAGGAAAAUCAAUGGAAAUAAAGAAUGAUACUGAUGAUAUUUUAUUUUAUCAAUUAUGUCAAGAAAGUUUUAUAACUAAAAGAACAAAAGGGAUGUUAGAAGGGAAUUGGAAUAUUAAAUGGAAGGAAGAUUGUUUAAAUAAAAUUAGAAAAGCUAUUAAAAUUAUUAGUGACCAAGUUAAAGAUACAUCACAAGAACAUGAUAAAAUUUCAAAUAAAGAAGAAAAAAUGGAAGAAGAAAGUAGUGAAAUAAAAGAGUUAAAAGAACUUAUACAUGUUCUUAAGGUUAAUGAAGAAAUUAAAGAUAUUGUAAAACGAUUUAUCAAAUAUAGUGAGAAAAAUAAGAUUGAUAAAAUGAAAGAAAUGAAAUCAUUAAUGAUUAUGUAUCAAGAAAUUCUAACAGAACAAGAGAUGAAAGAUGGAUGUAAUACAAUUAUUAGUUUCAUGAAUAAAUUUACAGGAAUGAAUAUAAAAAUAGAUCAUCAAGAAGAUAAAAAGGAAGAAGAAACAGAAGAAGAAAAUGUUCAAGUAAUUGAUAUUCCUGGGUUAGGCGUAGUUCCUAUUCCUCAAGGAUUUGAUAGUGAAACAUUGAUGCAAUUACCUGAAGAAUAUAGAAUAGAAGCAGUAAUGAAUUAUUAUCAAGAGCAUAAUAUUCCAAGAAUACGAAGGAGUGAAGAUAGAAGAGGUAUUCAAUUAUCACAUGAUAUAAGAAAAUUCCCAUGUGAAGAAUUUAAACAAAGAAGGAUAAAUAAAUUAGAAUUGAACUCAAAUACACUCAAAAACACAUGGAUAAGUUCUGGUUCAAAGACUGUACCUGAAUUUAACAUCAAAAAGGCAUUGAGUAUAUAUUUUAUUUGUACAGAAGAUGAACGUAAAAUUAUAUUACAGAAGAUUAAUUCAUUAUUCUGUAAUUCACAAAUUAACUUCAAUGUUGUAUAUAAUAAUUUUAUGAAAUAUAUUGUCAAUGAUUUAUUUAUUGAAAUUCUUCAAAGUAAAGUUGAUGAAAAAAUGAUUAGAUAUUGGCAAUUAUUCAAUAAUGUUAAUCAACAAAAAGGUUCAGAAAUAUCUUCAGAAAUUAAGGAAAUGAUAAUUGAUAAUUUAUGUAUGAUGAUUGAAGCUAACAUGAAAAAUUCAAUAAUUCUCAAUGCAAUUGUAUAUUUACCUCAAAAAUUAGAAAUAGAGGAAAUUAAAAUUAAUAAAGAAAAAUACAUAUUAAAAUUAUUAUCUAUCUUUGGAAGGUAUUAUCGAAAUAAACCACACUCUAACCAACUUCAUUUUGAAUCAAAAACACAAAGUCUUAUUGAUAAAUGUUUAAAGAAAAAUAUACAAGUUUUACAUGAAAAAGAGUUAAAUCAAGACUAUUUACUAGACUUGUAUUAUAUGUUAUUAACACUAGUUCCUUCUACAUUAAACGAACAUGAAGAAACAGAACGAAGUACAUCACCAUUUCUUGUUAGAUUAGUAAAUCAAAGAUUACCAUUAAGAAAUUUAGAAUUUGGAAUUUUACCACCACAAGAAUAUAUUCUUGGUGAUGGAGAAUAUUUGCAAUUACCACGAACUUUUGGAGAAUUAGGUAUCAAUGAAAUACGCCAAAGAAUUGAUCCACAAUAUCAUAUUAUAAGAGAAUAUAAUGACGGAAGUAAUGAUGAUAAUGAUGAAAUACAAUUUAAUGAAGAAAAUGAUCAUCAAAACAAUUCCGAAGUGUCUCAACAUGAUACUAUAACAACACAACCACUAAAUCAAAUAAAGGAACUACAAACACUUUUAGAAGAUAUUUCAAAAAAUAAUGUCUCUCCAUCACUUAUUCAAGAAAAGGUAAAUCAAUUAACUCAAGAUAUUUUGAUGGAAGAAGAAGAGCCUCAACAAAUAGAAAAAAAAGAAGAAAAAGAAAUGGAAGAAGAGUAUGUAAUUAUUGAAAAUUAUUCAAAUCUUUUGAAUUAUGUUAAAAAAUAUCAUAACGAAUUAGUGUGUCGAGUUGUGUUAUUAUUACUUAGUUAUGUUAUAAAAGAAGAGUAUAAUGAAAUAGUUAAAGAUAUUGUAAUAGAAAUGAAAUGGUUUAUUGAAAAAGAAUUAAGAUUAAAUAGAUUUGCAUUAAGUAGCUCUUUAAUAUUUCUUAGUAAUCAUAGAGAAUUUCUUCCAUUUGAAAUGAAGUACCAAGACUUAAUAAAAGAAAUUGGAAAACAUAAGGUUUAUAACCAUUUUAUGAAAAUUAUUAUUGAUAGAAAUAAUGUAUUUAACUCUUUAUUUAAACAAAUAAAACAUUCAGAAAAAUGGGAUAGAUUAUUUAAAAUAGAAUUUAAACAUGAACAAGGAAAUGAUAAUGGAGGAUUAUUGAAAGAAUGUUAUAGUCUUCUUGUUCAAGAACUAAGUAAUGGAAUAGAAGAUUUAUUUAUUAUAGAAAAUAAUUAUAUUGUUCCAAAUUAUCAAUGUUUUAAGAAAAAUCAAUUUAUAUUUGUUGGAAAAUGUCUUGCAAAAAUGAUUUAUGAUGGAUUUACAAGUGAUUUUCAUUUAGCAUUAUUUGUAUUAAGAUUAUUGUUAAGUAAAAGAAAUGAAUUAAAAGAUAUCAAAAUGUUUGAUAAAGAAAUGAGUCAACAAAUAGAUAAUUUGUUUUUAGAAGAUGUUACUGAAUGGGGGUUAACAUUUACAGAAACAGAAAGAAUUAAUAAUAAAAUUCAUGAAGUUGAACUAAAAACAAAUGGAGGAAAUAUUCUUGUUACUCAAGAAAAUAAAAAAGAAUAUCUUGAUUUACUUCUUCAAUAUAAAUUUAAUACAAGAAUAGAAAAACAAAUAAAAUGGAUUAAAAAAGGGUUUUAUUCUCUUAUUGAUGAAUCAACCAUUCAAUUAUUUGAUGAAAAAGAAUUGGAUAGAAUUAUUUGUGGAAAUAAUUUUGAUAUUGAAGACCUUAAAAGAAAUGUUGUACUUGAUGGAUAUACAAAAGAAUCACUUCAAAUUAUAUGGUUAUGGGAAAUUAUUAAUGAAAUGGAAAAUUCUUUAAAAGGAAAAUUUAUUCAAUUUGUUACUGGUUCUUCUAGAGCACCUAUUGGUGGAUUUGUUCAAUUAAAAAGUAGCCAUGGAACUCCAUUACCAUUUACUAUUGCCUCUAUUCAUUAUGAUAACCCUGAUUCUAUGAUGCCAACAGCACAUACAUGUGCUAAUAGGUUAGAAAUUCCAUUUUAUUCAAACAAAGGCAUAUUAAAAUCAAAAUUAACAAUUGCAAUACAAGAGUGUUGUAACUAUGAAUUUGAUUAA